AUGACCCACUGUUGCUCCCCUUGCUGCCAGCCCACCUGCUGCAGGACCACCUGCUGCAGGACCACCUGCUGCAGGACCACCUGCUGGCGACCCACCUGUGAGACCACCUGCUGCAGCACACCCUGCUGCCAGCCCAGCUGCUGUGAGUCCAGCUGCUGCCAGCCCUGCUGCCGCCCAACUUGCUGUCCAACCACCUGCUGCAGGACCACCUGCUGGCAACCCACCUCUGUCACCACCUGCCGCAGCACACCCUGCUGCCAGCCCAGCUGCUGUGUGUCCAGCUGCUGCCAGCCCUGCUGCCAACCCACUUGCUGUGGCACCUCCUGCUGCCAGCCCAGCAGCUGUGCACCCGUCUACUGCACCAGGACCUGCUACCAGCCCACGUGCGUCUGUGUGCCUGGUUGUCUGAACCUGGGCUGUGGAUCCAGCUGCUGCCAGCCUUCCUGCUGCUGA